AAACGAUUCGCCGCUUUGCAUCCUGGGAUUGACUGUUCAAGCUCACAGUCAUGGCGUCCCGUGUCCUAGUCCGGUGUGUCCGCUCACUCGCCCGGCCCUCAGCGAGACUGUGUCCGGUAAACGCUACCGUGAGAGCAGCGGCUGCACCGUUACCACUCAACCGGCGAUCGUUCUCGCUCUUGUCCUGUAGCCAGCGCACACGACAGACCGACCAAACCCGGGUCCCAGGGUCGCUGGUUCAGCUCUGUCGACAGUACGGGGAUCUGCCGCCGCUCACCAUCGAAUCCAUCAAGGAUCGUGUUAUGUAUGUGCUGAAGCUCUACGACAAGGUCAACCCCGAGAACCUCCAGGUAACAUCUCACUUCAUCAAAGAUUUGGGUUUGGACAGCUUGGAUCAGGUAGAGAUUAUAAUGGCCAUGGAAGAUGAGUUUGGGUUCGAGAUCCCGGACUCGGAGGCUGAGAAGCUGAUGUCUCCGGAGGAGAUUGUACAGUACAUCGCAGACAAGAAAGACGUCUAUGAAUAACGGGGCCUCCCCACGCCUCCGCAGGUGGGUGUGGCCUUGUCCCCAUGUGACCCCGCCUCCCAAAGGACCCGGUGCAGAUGGUGUUUUGUUUCAGUUAGUCUCACUUUCUCACACGCUGUCUGUGAUGUUCAUGGCUUCCAGCUUCCGGUGUCCGACUGCCUCGUCUUCUGUACACAUUGUAAUUACGAUUACAGCAGAAAUGUAUAAGGAUUGUGAUAGGUCUGAGAGAAAAAAUAAAAUGUUAAACCUCCCAGUC